AUGGGAUUUCCAGAGUUUUUAAAACAUAAAAAAUCAGAAGAAGUCACCACGACUGAUGUCGAAUCUGCUUCUAUUGCUAGUAAAGGUCAUGAAAUUGGUAUCUUUUCUGCAAUCUUCCUCAUCUUCAACCGUAUGGUUGGUACUGGUAUCUUUGCCACUCCAUCUACAAUUUACUCUCUAUCAGGAUCUGUUGGUGGAGCACUCAUGAUGUGGUUUGCUGGCUCAAUCAUUGCCGCUUCAGGCAUGUUGGUUUAUCUCGAAUGGGGUACUGCUAUUCCUAGAAAUGGUGGUGAAAAAAAUUAUCUUGAUUACUUUUACAGAAAGCCUCGCAUGCUUGCUCUUUCCAUGUUUGGUUUCUAUGCCCUUUUGCUAGGUUGGGCCGCAUCGAACUCUGUUGUGUUUGGCGAGUAUAUCUUGACUGCUGCUGGUCAGGAAGUUACUCGUUGGAACCAGCGUGGUAUUGGUCUUGCCUGCAUUUCAUUCUGCCUUAUUGUUCAUUCGCUCAAUGUUCGUCUUGGUCUUUGGAUUCAAAACUCUCUGGGUAUCUUUAAGCUGGCUGUGGUUAUUGUCAUUAUGAUUUCUGGAUGGGUGGGUCUUGCAGGUAAGCUCAAGUCUCCCAAAACUGACAACUUUGACAAUGCAUUCUCAGGUCACACUCCUACCGGCUAUGGUGUCGUCAUGGCCCUUUAUAAUGUUAUUUGGUCAUAUAUUGGUUACUCUAAUGCCAAUUAUGCUUUGGGUGAAGCCAAGAACCCUGUCAGAACUUUGAAAAUUGCAGCUCCACUUGCUCUUAUUGGUGUUUCUAUCUUGUACAUGUUUAUCAACAUUGCUUACUUUGCUAUUGUCCCCAAGGAAGAGAUUCUUACCAGUGGCAGAAUUCUUGCUGCCAAUUACUUUCGCUUGGCCUUUGGUGAGAAGGCCCAAAAGGCGCUUUCUGUGUUUGUGGCAUUAUCUGCUUUAGGUAACGUCAUGUCAGUCAUUUUCUCUCAAGGUCGUAUUGUUCAAGAACUCGGUAAAGAAGGCGUUCUUCCAUUUUCGCGCUUUUUUGGCAGCAGUAAACCAUUUGGUACACCCAUGGCUGGUUUGUUUACACACUGGGUAGUCUCCAUUAUCAUCAUGCUUGCACCUCCCCCAGGCGAUGCUUAUAACUUCAUUUUGAAUUUGAUUUCAUACCCACUUUCAGUUAUUAACUCGUUUGUUGCUCUGGGCCUCAUCAUCUUGACAAUUCGCAGAGAACACUAUGGCUGGUAUCCCCCCUUCCGUGCCACACUUCCUGUUUCUAUCUUUUUCUUUUUGUCUUCUUUAUACCUGGUUGCUGCACCUUAUAUCCCUCCCAGUGCUGGUCAAAGUGUUUAUAAUAGUCUGCCAUACUGGCUUCACUGUGUGGUUGGCACUUGUUUCUUUGUGGCUGGUGCCAUUUACUGGGUUAUUAGAUUCCGCAUUCUCCCCAAAUAUUGGCCCGAGAGAUUCUCUCAGGUGCCUGAUAAUUACAAUGGUUAUGACACCGAUGUUUCUCAACUCACACCUGCCACAUUAUCUAGCAGUGCUGAAGAAUCUAAAGGUCCUGUUGGGGAAGUUGACGUUGAUGUGUCAAAUAGCAAAAGUUGGAAAUUUUGGUGA